CCCCGACCUCCCUCUUGUGGGUCCCAGGAAGGAAGGCGGCCCUCUGCCCUUUCGGGGCCAAGGGUGGCCCCAGGGCAGCCUGGCUUGGCCUCUCGGCCGGCCAGCCCCCACCUGGCCUCUUGGGAGGGGCACAAGAUGGCUCCCGCUGGCAGGCUGCCUUGGGCCCAGUGGGGAGAGUCCCUCUUCUCACCACUUUCGGCUCCUGGGGAGCUGCCCCCCAGCCUCUUUGGAAGCUUUUUUGGGGAGCAGCCGGCGGAGGUGAACACUCUGGUGGGGAAGGACCGCAGCAACCUGUUUGUCAAUGGCCUGACGCUGGGCGGGCAGAAGUGCUCCGUCAUCCGGGACAGCCUCCACACGGACGGGGAGUGCACCAUGGACCUCCGGACGAAGAGUACGGGAGGGGCCCCCACCUUCAACAUCACAGCCGCUAUGACCAACAAGAGUGAGUCGACCACCAAUUGGGGGGAGGGGGGCUUCAUUUCCUUCCGGGCGCAAGAAGGAAUCCAUUUGGUCACCUUGUUCUGUUUCUCUACUCUCUUUGGAUGCUCUUUGUACUUUGGGGUCUCAUUUUUGGGGGUUGGGGGGAAUCAUUUGCACUGAAAACCCUACUUUUUCCUGACAGAAACCCAUAUUUGAGCACAAGGAGCACUUACUUCGUGCAAAAACCUGCUGGAGGAAACCAGUCUGUGUAUUGUUGGCACAAGCAGAUUUUCUCUGAAAGAGGAGCUGAAAUGCAAAGCAUCUCUGGUGCUUCCCCUUUUCUCCAGGGAGGGGCUCUGGAGUGUCCAGGGCCCCCUUUUUGGGUGCUCCUCCUUUCCCCUGGCAGCCAUGAGGCUGCCCACUCCUCCCCUCCCUGCCCUCGCCAGACCCAUCUUUUCUGGCAGCUGUUGUGGGUUCCUUCCCUGAGGCUGCAUUCCUCCCUCCUUGGCCCCCUCCCCACAACUGUGGCCAGGGAUCCUCUGUCCAGCGGAGGAACAAACAGCUGUGGCCUCAUCCAGGCAGAGGAGAUAAGGCCACCACUGUCCCAGCCUUUUGGGCAGCUGGACAAGGGGCCGUAAAUCUUACAGAGGCAAAGCCAAGCCUCUGCCCAGGAGGGGGAAGGACUGGCUGGCCGAGGGGAGGGGGCACAGCAAUCUGGCAUUGACCUCCUUCCUUCCUCCCCCAGAACAGGACAAGCAGGGCAGAGGGAAUUGCAUUGGCUCCCGUUGCCCUCUCUGUGGAGGCUUUCCCUCCCUGAGCAUUGGGAGGCCUUGUGACUCAGCCAAAGGGAGCGGGAGGGGGGUAGUUUUGGGCAAGGAGGAAGCCCUCAUG